CAAAUUCACAAAUAAUGCUGUUGCACUGUUCGAUUAUUCUUUUUUUAACUGCAUUUUCGGCGUUAGCUUUUCAAUUGCUGUGAUUCUAGCCGAUUACGAUCAAUUUUGGCCAAAAUAAUCGAAAGCUUCUUUCUGCAGGGCUAAAGGUUACAGCGAAAUGGAUCAUCACAUUUCUGAUGGGGAGAAUGCGGAUAUUGAUUGGAAUACCGAUGACGAACUUGAAAUCCAGAAUAUAGGCCCGACGUCUUGUACAACUUUAGUAACUAGGGAUGCUCAAGCUAUAAUUAGCAACGGGGAGAAUAUUGGCCCGACGUCUUGUACAACUUCAGUAAGUAUGGAUGCUCAAGCUAUAAUUAGCAACGGGGAGGCAAGUUCAUCAGCAGGUUCUUCAAACUCCAAUCUAGUUCAGCAUUUCCUAGGGAUGGGGUUCUCUGAGAGAUUGGUUAUACAAGCAAUUAAAGAAAAUGUGGAAGGUGACACGGAGUCUAUACUCGAAACCCUACUUACACACUCGGCUCUUGAUAAUUCUCCAGAGGAGCAUAACUCAUGUGAUCUCAGUUAUCACCAGCAAGAACAAUGUGUAAAUAAUGAUGAGCUGUCUUCUGACUAUGAUGAGAGUCUUCUUGAAGAAUUAUCGGAAUCUGACAGUUGGUCUUGGUCCGAUAGUGAAACUGAGAAUGGUGAUUCUUUGCUUAAACAUGAAAAACCAAUAUCGGACUUGAUAAGUAUGGGGUUUACAGUAGAAGAGGCUUUGUCAGCAAUGGAGAGAUGUGGUCCUGAUGCCUCAAUUGCAGAACUAACUGAUAUGAUAUACGCUGCACAAAUGGCAAAGGCAGACACUGUAUUUUUUGAGGAAGAGAAACCCAAAAACUCGUGUGGUCUGACCGCGAAACAGAAGAGGAAAUUGUACGCGCUGGAAGCACGCAAAAAAAAGAAGCAAAAAGGCCCACUAACCGAAGAAGAAGAGGUGAUUCGUCUUCCAAAUCCCAUGAUAGGCUACGGUAUUCCAUCAGAAUCCAGUGUGACACCUCCUCAUAGAGAACUCGCGGCUGCAGCCAUCGGGCCUCCAUACUUCUACUACGAAAACGUCGCUCUAACUCCAAAAGGCGUUUGGGAUACAAUAUCUCGAUUCCUUUAUGACGUUCAGCCUGAAUUUGUUGACUCCAAGUAUUUCUGUGCAGCCGCAAGAAAAAGAGGAUACGUUCAUAAUCUUCCAAUACAUAACAGAUUCCCGAUUCUUCCACUUCCUCCUCGAACCAUACACGAUGCAAUACCUUUGACAAAGAGAUGGUGGCCCGAAUGGGAUACACGUGUCAAACUCAACUGCUUACAAACUGUUUACGCGAGUGCUAAAUUGACGGAUAGGAUCCGGAAGGCUCUAGAGAAAUGUGGUGAUUAUCCAUCGCUUGAAGUGCAGAAGUAUGUUAUGGACCAGUGUAGAAAGUGGAACCUUGUUUGGGUAGGGAAAAAUAAGGUUGCUCCGUUGGAACCUGAUGAGGUGGAAAUGUUGUUGGGGUUUCCCCAGAAUCAUACGCGAGGAGGUGGUAUAAGCAGGACUGAUAGAUACAAAUCACUCGGUAACUCAUUUCAGGUGGACACAGUAGCAUAUCACCUCUCUGUAUUGAAGGACCUAUAUCCAAACGGUAUAAACGUGCUCUCUCUCUUCUCCGGUAUCGGUGGUGCUGAAGUUGCUCUACACAGGCUUAAGAUCCCCUUAAAAAACGUCGUGUCAGUUGAAAUCUCAGAAGCCAACAGGGACAUAGUCAGAAGCUGGUGGGAACAGACACGGCAAACGGGCAAUCUCGUUCAUUUGUCUGAUGUUCGACAAUUAGACGGUGGCCAACUGGAGGAGUUUAUCAAAUCUUUUGGUGGUUUUGAUCUUAUUGUUGGCGGAAGCCCAUGCAAUAAUCUUACGGGGAGUAACAGGGUAAGCAGAGAUGGACUUGAAGGUGAACAUUCUUCUCUGUUUUUUCAUUAUUUCGACAUCUUAAAUAUGGUUAAAGAUAUAAUGAAGGUAAAAAACUAGUUCUGUGGGCCAAAACUAGGUUGAUGGUUCAUUUUGUAUUUAACUAGAAUAUCCAUGGCCCUUUUUCUUUUUAGUUUUGGUAUGCUUUUGGUUUGUGUUUGGUGAAGUUUAGAUCAAGACUUGCUAGUAAUGUUUGAUGUCGUAACAAAUGACUUGGGAAGCGCAGACGGGUCUCUGCAGAUUUUGUAUAGGUGAUUAUAAUAUAAUAUAUGCGGAUAUUAUGUGAACUUGUCGUUCAUCCGAA